GGGAAAAAAGGCUCUCCCGUUCCCCUACCCUUAGGAGCUGGCGCCGGAGGAUCCGCGCUCAUGGCGUUCAGCCCGUGGCAGAUCCUGUCUCUCGUGCAGUGGGCGAAAUGGACGUGGUCCGCGGUGCGCGGCGGGGGCGCCGGAGACGACGAGGCCGGAGGGCUCGAGGGCGACCUCGAGGAGGAGGAGGACUCGCAAGCUCGAGACCAAAUCUCUUGAGUUUCAGGCAACUCGGAUUCUGAGGGUAAUUUUGAGACCCCUGAAGUUGAAACACCCAUCAAGUCACCUCUCAAGGACUGCUGUGAUUCGUCACUCGGAUUAGCAGGGCCUGUGGCCAACACCCAAGACUCACAAGAAGUUGAUGAACAGCUGAUAGCAGAAGUGGUUGCAAAAUGUUCAUCUGAGACUCAUUCUAGACCCUCAGAAAAUGAGGUUUCACAGCAGGCUAUUGAUUCUUACUCCGUCAGGGAUUUCAAAGAAGAACCUGAACACGAUAGUAGCAAAAUUUCAGUAGUGAGGCCAUUUUCAAUAGCAACCAAGUCCACGGAUAACUCAGAGGCAGCUCUUGGGACAGAAGCAGCAUAUGGCUGUGUAACUGCCAUCUCAGGCGAGGCUCUGCCCUCCAGCCCGCCAGAAGCCAUCCAGGACAAGGCGAUGACAGAAAGCACCAUGGGGGUUACACUGGAGGCUUCCACAGAAGCUGACCUGAAGAGUGGGAACUCCUGUCCGGAGCCAGUGCCCAGCAGAAGCAAGCUGAGAAAGCCCAAACCCAUCUCUCUGAGGAAGAAAACAGUUGGCGAGUUCUCAGAAACUUCCAUGGAGGGCAUGCCUCUCCCCCAGGCAUCCUAUCCUGAUGAAAUGGAUGGGAACACAAGUCCUUUGCUAGGAGAUGCCAGGACUCAGAAAUCUGCCCCUGACGUUAGGGAAACAAGCAGCACUCCCAGUAGUGACACCAAUGAUUCCGGGGUGGAGCUGCUGGAGGAGUCAAGGAGCUCACCUCUGAAGCUGGAGUUCGAUUUCAUAGAAGAUGUAGAAAGUGUAGAAUCCAGGAAAGGCCUUCCAAGAAAACUUGGCAGGAAACUGGGUAACAAACUGCCUCCAAAGGUACAGAAAGAUGGCAUCAGUAAGCCAGUAGGCACCAAAGGUUCAGAACCGCCCCCGGACCAAGCCACAGACGAUGCCUCUCUCUCCCAAGCGUCUUCUAAGCAGAAUCCCAGUUUCAGUCCCCUGGGUGGCCAGUCCGCACUGCAGGACUCCCCUCCCCUCUCCUCUAAGGGGUCCUACCACUUUGAUGAAUCCACGGAUCCCUUUAAACCAACUACAGCUUUAACAAAUGGUGACUGUUGUUCUCCUGCUGGUAAUCAUGUUAAUGAAACCUUAGAAUCACCCAAGAAGGCAAAGUCGCGUUUAAUAACGAGUGGCUGUAAGGUGAAGAAAUAUGAAACGCAGUCUCUUGCUUUGGAUGGGUGUUCACAGGAUGAAGGAGCAGUGAUCUCCCAGAGUUCAGACAUUUCUAAUAGGGACGGCCAUGCUACCGAUGAGGAGAAACUGGCAUCCACUUCAUCUGGUCAGAAAUCAGCCGGGGCCGAGGUGAAAGGUGAGCCAGAGGAAGACCUGGAGUACUUUGAAUGUUCCAAUGUUCCCGUGUCUACCAUAAAUCAUGCGUUUUCAUCCUCAGAAGCAGGCGUAGAAAAAGAGACGUGCCAGAAAAUGGAGAAAGAUGGAUCUGCCGUGCCUGGACCGUUGGAGUCCCCUGUGGAGGAGGCCCCCGUGUCCGUGGCCUGUGGCGGAGAGAAUCCCCUGGAUGGCAUCUGCCUCAGUGAAUCAGAUAAGACAGCCGUGCUCACCCUGAUAAGAGAAGAGAUAAUCACUAAAGAGAUUGAAGCAAAUGAAUGGAAGAAAAAAUACGAAGAAACCCGACAAGAAGUCUUGGAGAUGAGGAAAAUUGUGGCUGAAUAUGAAAAGACCAUUGCCCAAAUGAUUGAAGAUGAACAAAGGACAAGUAUGACCUCUCAGAAAAGCCUCCAGCAACUGACCAUGGAGAAGGAGCAGGCCCUGGCUGACCUUAACUCUGUGGAAAGGUCCCUUUCGGAUCUCUUCAGGAGAUAUGAGAACCUGAAAGGAGUUCUGGAAGGGUUCAAGAAGAAUGAAGAAGCCUUGAAAAAAUGUGCUCAGGAUUACUUAGCCAGAGUUAAGCAGGAGGAACAGCGGUAUCAGGCUUUGAAGAUCCACGCAGAAGAAAAACUGGACAAAGCCAAUGAAGAGAUUGCUCAGGUUCGAACAAAAGCAAAGGCUGAGAGUGCAGCUCUCCACGCAGGACUCCGGAAAGAGCAGAUGAAGGUGGAGUCCCUGGAAAGGGCCCUUCAGCAGAAGAACCAAGAAAUCGAAGAACUGACGAAAAUCUGCGACGAGCUGAUUGCAAAGCUGGGAAAGACUGACUGAGUUUCCCCUGUUCGCUCAGUGGAUCUGCGUUUGGCUGCUUCUGUCGUGACCACAGUUAUCUUGCCUUAUCCAGGAAUUGUUGCCCCUUUGCAGAGAAAAACACUUUGAAAAAGCACAUCCCACUGCUGCCUGCCCCGCUUUGCUGCGACGCACAGGCCUGGCAGAACCGGGAGUGUUGCACCGUCGCCGAAGGAGUGGCAGCAGGCCGUCCUGGAGUCCCCACAGCACCGCCCAAGGUCCAGUAGACAGGCUGCUACGUUGGGUUUGUGAUUUCUCUGUUUUAAUUCAUUUUUUCUUACAGCUAUGUACUUUAUUAAUAUUUCUUCACACCACAGCUUAACAUGAACAGCAUAUUCUCCCAUACUUCAAAGAUUCCCAUUGCCACAUAUAAUUCACUCCAGAGGCAUAUAGGUUCUGAAAAAUAGUGUUCUCAGUAAUGGGGAAGAGCAGCUUUUUAGGAGCUCUUCCUGCUUUACCAUUUAAAAAAGGCUCAUGGCUGAGGAAGCACCCACACCUUUCGUUCCCUGGAGAACUCUGAGCUAAACUUAGUUCUUUCAGUUCUAUGUCGCACACAUAUAAGCAGUUAGGAACUUUGCACAUGAGCAGGAAUCAAAGUCAGACGCAGAAGUGGAAUUUUAAGGACCAUUCAUAUAUCAGGGCAGAAGCACCACUGGGAUUCCCAUGACGAUGCUACUUUGAAUGUGCUUGGUGCCUUCUAUUGCACAUGCCAAAGGUCAGGUGGAGAAAGCAGAGCAUGCCAUGAGUGAGCUAGACAAGUCCCUUGGCCUCUUUGUACCUUAGUUUCCUUAUAACCUGUGUAAAAGCUGCAUUCCAUGCCAGGCCUGAAGUGUUCCAAAGCUCACUUUUGUUAUUAAAUUGCAACCAUGAUUUAUAUAUUGCAAAAAAGGAGUGCUGCAAACGCAUUCCUUUCAAUAAAUUUUAUUUUAUUGCGGGUUAAAUCUAAAUACUGGAGGGAAAGCAGGCCUUCAAAUGAACCCUCACAUAAUUCUCUCAAAUUAUUUCCACUGGGAUUUUACAGCAUCAUCUCCUCCACCCAUCUCCCCACAACCGCUCUGGGCAUGAUCCACUGAGGCGGGAGGGAGGGGCGGCCUGCUGCAGCCCUGGGUCCAACCCCACUCCCGCACCCCUUUUAGGUGUUCACCUCCUUCCCCUGCGUCCUAACAUGGCGCCACCACAGCCUGUCUUCAUUCAUUUGGAAGUCCACUUUGCUUUUCCAAGUGCGUUAAAAUUGUGACUUAUGGCUACGAUUUGGGAUCAUCUCCUGUUCGCCAUGUCUCUGAUUUUUUGUGUGUGUUACAUAUUUAUUUCAUCUUUUAAAUUUAAUUUUCAGUAUUGGUGGUUUUAGUUGAGGAGGUAAUUUGGCUUUUGUUACUUUUAGUUUGUAAACAAGAAGGGGCUCUGAGUAUCCAUUUACAUACAUAUACAAACACAUAUAUUUACAUAUGCUGCUGUUUUCCCCUGAAGUGUAGUCAAAUAAGAACCUACAGAAGAGCCUAUUUCCAUAAAUGUAGAAACUUAUUUUGGAAUAGAGUCCUGGCUCAGAACGCCAGCUUCAGGAUUUGGGGGGAUUGAACAUGUGGAAACCCCCGACCCCUGUCAUGACUCAUGACCCCAGCUCAGGUUUCACGUCCAGGGAAGACUUCGCCAUAACGUUUGUUCCUGGUAUUGGACACUCAUCAGCCUUAGCGAGUGUGAACGUGGCCCCUCCGGGUGGGUCCGCAGGCUGACAGCGGCUGCUUCCUGCAGGAACAGCUGAGUGGGGCUCCCUCGGACCUGGGUGUGGCUAGGCCGUCCUAGAGCCACUUCUUUGCUUCACUUGUUGCUACAAAACCAAUAUUUCCUCUUGAUUAUUUGAAAUACGCCGAGAAAAUCUACUUGUAAAAGGUUUAGUUGAUCUUAUAAUUAAAAUGUAUUUGUAACCCCAUCAGCAAGUAAAGGGAAAGAAACAGUCGUUUUUUCACAAAUGGGAUGUCUUGUUCUUCAGAUUUUUUCUUUUGAGUCAAAAAAAAAAAUUCAUUUCAAACUUAAGACAGAAUUUUUAACAAAACAGGCAGUAAAAAUCAUGUGAACCACUCUGAAAAUCAGCACAUUUUGAAUAUUUUUAAACAGAGGCCAUUUGACUAGUGGAGGAGGGAGUGCAGGGAGCAGGUCCGCACACACAGAACCCACGUCCUCAAGCUCUUCCUGGGCUUGCUUCAGAGGUGAGAGGCCGCUAACCCCCAAAAGGAAAAUUCCCUAGCGUUUGAUAGGCAAAACCAAACCUGCGGGUGUUUUAAAGCACUCUCGUCUUAACCUUAACACCUGCAGGUCUUCAUGGUCACAUGCACUGUGUUCAGUACCUGUAGUUUUCGUACUUUUCCUGUAAAACUAUUGCAUGAUCCACCUUCAGCAAUGAAUUGUGCCAGGUGGAGAGCCUCUGUAAGUCUUUAAACGCGAAUUUUCCUUUAGAAGUGUACUGUUCACAGGGGUGCAAUCUUUAGCCCCAAGGAGGUCAAUAAUGCCUUUUAAAGCCAGAAGUCACAUUUUAUCGAUAUGCACUUACAUAAUUGGUGCUUAGGCUGUAUUUUAAAGCCUAUUGUCUUACCACUUUGUACAAAAAAGAACAACAGAAGUGAUGUGUGGUUAGAGAGGUGACAGGACAAUCAUUUGGGCUUUGAAAACAGUCCCUGGAUUAAUGUGAGUGCUGGGCUGGAGUUUAUUUAGCUCAGUGGAGCGAGGUGUCUCCAGGUGGCGCCACUGAUUUCCUCCUUUGGUCCUCUCCUACCAAGAAAAGCAACUGCAUUUUGCAGAAAGAAACAUUGCUAAACCUUUUUGCUGCUGUAUUUUGGUGACAUGUCCAUGUUUACUUGCUUUCUGUUGAUCUGUUUUAAGCAUGGAAGGUUUAUAAUGGUCUCCAUCGUAAAUCCUAGUCCUCUUUUUAGGUUUCUUGUGUAUAUAAAAAAGGUAGCUAUGUGUUAAAACAGGUGACGACAAUCCUUCCCCAGCACAUGGGUAAAAGAGAUUCCUUAAAAACUAGACCCUAGAGCAGGGGUCCUCAAACUUUUUAAACAGGGGGCCAGUUCAGUGUCCCUCAGACCGUUGGAGGGCCGGACUAUAGUUUAAAAAAAAACUAUGAACAAAUUCCUAUGCACACUGCACAUAUCUUAUUUUGAAGUAAAAAAACAAAACGGGAACAAAUACAAUAUUUGUAUUUGCAUGUGGCCCGCGGGCCGUAGUUUGAGGACCCCUGCCCUAGAGUGAAGUUGCUGCACCAGGAAUACGAGAGGACCCCGGUGAAGUAAUAUUUGCCUCUGGUCUCUCAGCCAUGAAUGACCAUUACAAGAAUAUGUUCUUCCUUCUAAUGUAAUAGGUGGAUAUUCUCCAACGAGAAUAAAAAUGUAGCUUGUGCAGUUGGCAAAUCAAGAGACUAAACUGGACAGAAUAAAGUAUGUUUGUUUAUUUUUCUUAAAAAAUAAGCAACAACAACAAAAAACCCACAAAACAAAUAAAUCAACUCCAAACUUUUAGAACUCUGGAGUAAGAAGACAGCCUAGAGUUGAUGCCUAGAGAGCCAGACUCCUUAUUAGGCAAUAAUAAACCCUGUUACAAAAGUGAAAAGACAUGAGUGCAAGUUGCUGGCCUAGAUUGUGGUUGGGAAGUAUUUGGUGAUCUUGUUGAGACUCUGGGUCCAGAGACAUUGCUUAAGUUUUUUACUUUGUCAGAGUGUAGAUAGGUAUAUAGUCUUUAUCUUAAAGUAUUUUAAUUGGAGACUGAACAGUUUGUUGCUUGGUUAGCCAGUUGGUUACAGUCAGACCUCCUGAGAUGUACUAUACUGGGAGAAGCUCCUGAAGGCCUGCCCACACCUUUUGUUCCGUGAAACUGUCCUGGAAAUAUUGAGAAGCCCGGUUUUCUCACGUGGUUUCCAGCUUCUUCAGACCCAGCCCAAAUUAGGAAGUGCAGAAACACAUCUGAGGCUCUGGCUGCCUUCCAGUGUGAUAUGGAAUCUAAGGAAAGAUUGAUGUUUGGGUUUGAGGAUGGCCCACGUUGAAUUUUCUUUCCAGCCAGUUACCCUUUCCACCUUGUGCAAUUCUCACAGCAAUACGUAGGUCUCUGUUGGACAGCCCAGAGGUAGUACUGUUUGUGAACAGGAGGAGUAAACUGCCCCCAGUGUUCCUGGGCUGUCUGUCUAAAAGCAGCCGGAGGGAAGCGCUCACUUUAAAUAAAAGUAACCGAGGGCUUGCUGGGGCUUUAAAGCUCAAAAUGGAAUUUUUAACGAGCAAGCAUUGGUAAACCUGAGUGCACCAGUUGGAAAUGACCCAGCACAUCCUUUUCUCAUGGUGUAAAAGCCCCAGAGCUCCCUCUUUAUUUCCUUUUGGUUUUUCACUACAAUUAGCAGUCAUCUCGCUGAACUGUCUUUUCAUUGUGGUUUUGUGACCAGGUGAGCUUGCUCUUGGACUUCAUUUCUUACUUCAUCCCCUUAUUGGAAAUAGAGAAACUAGGAGUUGAAAGAGUAAAUGAUUCAGCAAAGGAUUUUAAAGUAAAGAUGUAUAUAUUCUGAAGAAUUUUAAAGAUAGCAGAUUAUUAUUUGCUUAUUAAAGAACAAAUAUAGUCUGGGAAUCCCAGAAUGUCAGGCCAAAGGUCUGUUGAUAGAAAUAUUUUGAGGAGACUUCUGUCCAAAAAGGUUUGACUGGCCUCCAGAUCCCAGUGAUUUUUAGAAAGCAAUUUACCACUCAAACCGUGAGUCUCCCAUAUAGUAAAGCUAAAGGAAUCGGACACUUCUCUGUAAGGAUCUCCUCUGGAAGAUAAUAUAAACAGCAGCAUUUCUAGGGGAGACCCUCCCUGGUGCCGAGCUAGCAUUCUGGAGACUAAAGAUUGCACUUUUCGUAGUUCUUUGUCCAAAUGCAAUCCCAUUUUUGUGCCUCUUAGCAUGCAGUUAGAUUUGGACAAACAAGAUUCCUAAGGAAUGACUUUAUUAACUAUAAUAUGGUUACAGCUAUUACAUAUAUAUAUAUAUUCUGGUUAUAGUUCUAAUAUAAAGAUGUUGUGUGCGAUGCCAACAGUCUUAACUCAUUUGGAGGAGGCCAGACGUGGAGCUGAGGUGUGGCUUGAAACUUCCCUGUAUCGAUUCUUUAGAACUAUAAAGAUGCCACUUUCUCCCCCUCUGCCUUUCAGUGGUGUCUGAAAUACACUGCAAAACGUAUUUCCAAGUCACAUGGUUAACCGAUAUUCUAUAUUAAUAAUUUCCAAGUGGACCUAUGAAAAUCUGAACUCGGAAACCACCCCCAGUCCAGAUACAGGGCAGGUGUCACCAUACCUGCGGCCUCAGUCCUGGUCCUUCCUACCCAAUGGGACAGGACCCAGGCAUUUCUCUAAAUCUCAGAGGUGGCAGUAAACUUUUCAGUGUUGCUGUUAGCAAGUGUGUUUGCCAGUAGAUACCCACGUGUACUAAUGUGCCAACAAGUAAAUGUUAAUUGCACAUCUGCUUCCACUGUGUCCCCACGGGUGCCAUGAAGUGUGUGAGAGCCUCGUCUCGAGGAAUGGAUGCUGCAUUGACUACUGCUAUCAGGAUGGUGUUGUGUGGAGUAAUCAUCUACAUAAAUUUUAUAUGCACAGUAAUUUCCCUUUUAUAUGUCAGGUAAAUAUUUGUAAAAGUUAUACUCACACAAAUGAAAUUAUUAUAAUGAUUACUAAUAUAUUUUUUCCAUGUUUCAUUGCCUGAAUAAAAACUGUUUACCACUGUUAAA